GAAUCCUCCCUCUCCUCUGCCUUCCCUCCUCCCGUUGCACUUCGUCAGCAGAGAAAAAGAGAGAGAAGAGAGAGAGAGAGAGAAAGACGGGCCCCCAACGAGAGGAACCCAACCAAAAUAUCUCUUUCGGCCGCGAGAAGGAUCGCCUGUCUACGAAGGAUAAUAAACCGCAGCUACGCCGAGAUGAACGGACUGAGGCAUCUGGUUACCAGGGGGGCUGCUCCCCUUUUGAGCAGGCGUGCUGUGAACGGAGUUUUGGCCACAAGAAAGAGCCACACUGUCGAGACUGGCGCUCCUCUCACCCACUUCACCGAUGAAGAAACCAUGCUUAGAGACACAGUUCGCAAACUGGCGACUGAGAAAAUUGCCCCACUCGUGAAGAAGAUGGACGAGGAGGAGAAAAUCGACGCUGGCGUUCUGCAGGCUCUCUUUGAUAAUGGACUCAUGGGAAUCGAAGUGCCUGAUGAGUAUGGUGGCACUGGCGCGUCCUUCUUCUCCUCCAUGCUUGUGGUUGAGGAGCUGUCGCGCAUUGACGCCUCCGUGGCUGCCGCCUGCGACGUGCACAACACCCUGGUGGUAAACCUGAUGGCUCAGCUGGGCAAUGAGGAGCAGAAGAAAAAGUAUUUGCCACGUCUCUCCCAGGACAUGGUCGGCAGUUUCUGCCUUUCGGAGCCUCUGGCUGGUUCGGACGCGUUCUCCUUGAAGACCGAGGCCAAGAAGGACGGCGACCACUUCGUCAUCAAUGGCUCCAAAAUGUGGAUCACCAACUCUGACGUUGCCGGUGUUUUCCUCGUCAUGGCUAAUGCUGACCCCUCACUGGGCUACCGCGGUAUUACAUGUUUCAUUGUUGACCGUGAAAUGCCUGGCGUGAGCGUCGCUCCCAAGGAAAAGAAGCUGGGAAUCAGGGCGUCUGGCACCUGCAUGGUGCACUUCGACAACGUCAGGGUGCCUGAGAGCAACAUUCUCGGCGAGUAUGGAAAGGGCUACAGGUACGCAGCUGGCAUGCUGAAUGAAGGGCGUAUUGGCAUUGGUGCUCAAAUGGUGGGCCUGGCCCAAGGCUGUUUUGAUGCCACCAUCCCGUACACUCUGGAACGCAAGCAGUUCAAACAGUCCAUCUACGACUUCCAGGGCAUGCAACAUCAAAUUGCUGAAAUCCACACCGAAAUUGAGGCAGCCCGCCUUCUGGUCUACAAUGCCGCUCGCAUCAAAGAGGCUGGCCUACCUUUCAUCAAGAUUGCAUCCAUGGCCAAAUAUUUCGCCUCAGAGGUGGCCACCAAGACAACCUCCCGCUGCGUUGAAUGGAUGGGAGGCGUGGGUUUCACGCGAGACUUCCCCCAGGAAAAAUUCUACCGCGAUUGUAAGAUUGGCUGCAUCUACGAAGGCACGUCCAACAUCCAACUCAAUACCGUUGCCAAGUAUCUUAAGCAGGAGUUUUCGUAAACAUUUCCAUCAUUACCAAAAGUCUAAAUUGAAGCUCCUGUUCUCUAAGAUGAUGAAUAAUAUGUGCCUAUGCAUUUCUGUUGGCUUCCUCGCGUUGAGAGUGUUGUAGUCACACUUGCCAUAAUGAAUCGAAAAACGCCAUUUAUCCAGAAGAUUUAUAUUAUGCUAAUGUUGAAGAAUCUUAUUUUGUUUAUAAUCAAAAGCAAUUUAAUGUGCCUGUUAUUUUUAGAAAGAAACAAAUAAAAAGUGCCUUAUAAAUUAAAA